GUCUUGUCUUCCUUUUUGAUACAUAUAAAUCAAUUCCACAAGGCCAUUCAACUUCCACCAUACGAGAUAUGGAGGAAUCAAUCAACUCAUCUAUGAGCAACUCCUUCUCCUGCUCCAUGGAUGGCUCAGAGGAGAGCGGCUGGACCAUGUACUUGGAGGACUUCAUGGCAUCAGAGGAGAAAUCACAAGUUGCAGCAGAAGCUUCUGGGUGCAACUGCUCCAGUGUUGUCACCCUCUCCACCAUUUAUGAUGCUGCUCCAUCCACUUUUCUUGCACGGCAGCAACAACCGUCUGCUAAAGUUGAUGUGCCAGAGGACUACACAAAACUGAUUCCUAAGAGGAGGAAAAGAUUAAUAAUGGAUGAUGAUUCUUUGGAAGACACUGCUAGCUCACCUGUUAAUAGCCCCAAGAUUACUGAGAGUUUCUUGACUACUAAUCCAACCAAGAAGGAUUAUCAGAGCCUUCUUCACAAAGGCAUACCUCAGGUCAUGAAUGACGAGAGGCUGAAAGAAGCUGAAGAAGAGUUCAAUUUGACUGAGGGGACAAAUGAAAAAUAUUCAUUGCUGAAGAAUAGAGGGCUUUGUUUAAUUCCUUUGUCCAUGUUAGUAGACUACCUGUAGGAUAAACCUUCACUUUGGAUGGUUAGCAAGCCUAUGGACUCUCUAAUUGUGCCUAUGAAUUUAUGGAUAUUUGAUGCAUGCAUAUUAAUCUUGUCUAUGGAUAUUUGAUGUAUAUUACUCCUUUAAUCAUUA